AUGCCAUUAAUUGGAGCGCAAGUUCGUUUAAUUUGUGUCUCCAGUGGCGAUUGUUCAAUAUCACCUUGGCUUAAUCUAUCCGACUGUGCAUUUGAUCGUCAGUUAACUUCCACAUACAACAAAAGUCAGAUUAGUCCAAUUCAGUCUUAUGAGACCGAGGUAUUGCCGUCCUUAGUCUCUUAUUUAUGGCCAUUAUUUCAUUCACGUUCAAACGUGCUUGUCUGUGAACAUACAAAAGAUAAUGUGGUGACAAAUUUUCAUUUAAAAUAUGAUUUACCAUUAUUAAAUUUUUUACAUACACAAGUUGAACAUUAUGACAGCGCACAACAGACAACGUAUCCCAGUGUAUUGAUUCUAUGUCCAACAUGGUCCGCGUGUCAAACGGCAUACGAUCAUUUAGAAAAGUAUUAUGGUGAACAAUAUUUUCAAAAAAUAUCCGUAUGCGUAAUUUACGAAGGACAGCGAAGUAGUGAACAAGAUUUGUAUCGGCAACUAAUCACAAACGGAUGUGAUGUACUAAUAUCCACGCCGACUAUUGUAAAUAAUCUCAUUCAAUAUCAUCAUAUUCAUUUUGAAAAACUAAAACUAUGCAUUUAUGAUCAAUGUGAUUUAUUAUUAAAAUAUUCCACACAAAUGAAAGAUAUUCAAGCAUUCAUUCAACUAGCAACAAAAGGUAAAGAAUUAGAACAAAUUCAACAUGUGUUAUUCACUCGUGCUGUCACCGAUCAGUUGACACAGUUUUAUCAUAUCUACAUUAAACAAGGUUAUUAUUUAUCAUCGUCAUUACUAGAAACAUUUACUUAUUGUAAUUUUUUAACUUAUUGUGAACCAUGUCGAGAUUGGCGUGAUCGAAAGCAAAUCGUUCUCGACAGUUUAGAAAUGUUACAAAACCAUCAGAAAAAAAUUGUUUUAUGUGGCUAUCAAGUCAAACGAUUAUCAACUAUGGAAGCCAUUUUAAAUGAUCUGUCAAUACAUUCAGCAUUGAUACAUCCACAAUUAACAAAAGAAGAAAUACAGACGUACAUUGAUGAAUGGCGUACAAUUACUCAUCGUCCAAUGGUGUUAUUAAUUCACGAUGAAGUAUUGAGCGAUGUCUCCAUCGAUGAUGCUGAUGUUGUUAUUCAUCUUGAUGUUCAACGGUUAGCUUGGUAUUCUCUAAUUAAUCAACGAAUGAAACUCAUGUACAAACACAUUGCAGUCUAUUUGGAUAAUAAAGAGCAACAACAGCGAAAAUGUCAUAAUAUUUCUUCGAUAAAAAAUUUAGAUCAAUUUUACCAGCAGCGGGAGUCAAAUUCACAAUGUCCACUCUCAAUUAUCAUGUGGACAGGUGACUGUGCACAAUAUACCUAUGAGUUAUUGGAUUAUUUGCAAACUUCAUCAUCGUAUAUUAAUCCAUUAUUAGAAAAGUUGGCCAUAAAUAAUUGUAAUGAAUCACUAGAGGCGAAAAAACAAGUGGAAUUUUGUCCAACACUAAAAUUGUAUGGGCAGUGUCAAACACAAAGGAAAUUAAAACGCUGUCCAUAUAGACAUCGGUUUAUUCAAGAUAUUGAUUUAGUUGAACAACGACCAAUAACAAUAACAACAGAAAAAGAGAAUGACAUCCAUAAUAAGGAUGAGUCUCAAUCAUUAUCAAGCCGUUAUUUAUCAUCAAAGUGUGAAUUUUACAUUCCCUCGAGUGGUGAUGUUGAAGUUCAAAUAACAAAUAUUAUUGAUGGAAAUCGUUUAUUUGGACAUGUAUUACGCUCUCGUCAACAUUCCCAAGAUCAAUUUCAACUCCUAUUUGAUUAUAAUCAAUUUCAGUUGGAAUUACAAACAUAUUAUACACACACGUAUAACGGUGAUAUCGAUAAAUCUCUAAAAGAAGUAAUUCCCGGUGAAAUUUAUCUGUAUUGUGAUCGAAAUGGUUGUGCACAACGGGUGUAUAUGAUGGAGAAUGAAAAAUGUUACUUUGAUAUUCGACGAACAGAUACAAUUUUGAAUCGAUUAGCAAAAUCUCUACAACAACCAACACAGAUAACAGCAAAAGGGGCGCGAAGUGAACAUGAGAAUGACGUGCAACAACUCGCGAAGAAAAAAGAUGAUGAAGAAAAUGAAUUAAUAAUGGAGGCAACGGACAAUGAAACUGUGAAAUCAGAUUCUCAUAUUUUGACAAAUAGCGGCCAGUCAUUGUCUGUUUAUGGAUUAGAUAAUGGGAUAACAUAUAUCAUUAAAUCAAAUGAUUAUUUAUACCCGUUAGAAUCGUCGUUUAAACGUUAUCCACCAUUGGCUACAGAAAUUAUUCUAUGUAAUAUUCAACCGUUGGAUUUAAUUACAAUGACCUAUACACCAUUUGCAAUUGAAACAGUAAAUAAAAUCAUGCUAAAUCAAAUAUUUAUUGCAAAAAUCAAAAUUGCAACACGUUCGUGUAUAUGGGUAGAUCCAGUCGUUAAACCGAUACGAUUAGAAUCAAUAAAACGAACUGUAUAUGAUAAAUCAAUUCGUAAACAACUAUUAGAAAUGAAUUUAGUUCAAGUAAAUGAAGAACACAUGAAAAGCUUACUUGAAUUAGUCGCACAAGUCAAUCUGAAUGGUAUCAGUGAUAAACAGCUACAAGAUCAACAGAAAGAAACAGUGCUAUCUAAUAUUUCUGUGUCGCCACUACCAUCAAAACAAAAACAAUUUUCAGUAAAAUUUGAACAGUUAUCAAAAGAUGAACAAAAUAUUGCAAUAAAUAUAUCGAUUGUAAAUAAUUCAAAUGAUUUUUAUGUUCAACGCUGUGAUAAAUCAUCAGAACUAGUCGAUUUAGAAAAACAAAUUCAGAAGUAUGUUAAUGAUCAACAACAACAACAACAGACAAAAGAUACAAAAACUCAAAUCGACGUGGGAACCUAUUGUUUAAUCUAUUAUCCACAAGAUAAUAAAUACUGUCGUUCUCAAGUAAUAAAAGUUGAUGGAGAAACAUUAAAUGUUUUCUUUCUUGAUUACGGUGAUUAUUCAAUUGUAAAUUCUUCAUUGUCUACUGUUUAUGUGGCAUUUAUGGAAGAAGAAAAUGUUUGUAUAGAAAAAUUGUUUACAUGUUUACCAUUUCAAGCAAUUCGUUGUAAAUUAAAUGGCUUAGUAUUUGAAUCAUUAACAGCAGAAGAUAAUAACAAUGACUCUGAUAUUCUCUGGUCAAUGACACAUGAUCAGAAUGAUAAUACAUUAAAUUUAAGAAUAAAUACCAUUGAUAAACAAGGAAUUGAAGAGCAAGAACAAAAGGAAUUUCAUCCAAUUGAAUUUUAUUAUAACGUUGAUUUAUUUUCAGAGGAAUUACCAAUUCGUCUAUCGUUAAAUCAAUAUAUGAUUGCCAUGAAAUUAGCUAAACCAAAUGAAACAUAUUUAAAAAAUCACUUGAUACCAUUAGAAUUAUCAUAUCUAAUCGGUGGAGAAAAAGAACAAGAACUAAAUGAGAGCAUUGAUAAUCAACUAAUCGUUCGUCGAUGUCAAUCACUUGGAUUAAGUGUGAAUAAUCAUAUUAGUGCUACCAAUCUAUAUGAACGUUGUUGUUCAUGUUUUACAUCAUCCGAUAGUUGUGAAGUAGUUAAACAAUUAUUUUCUGAAUUAAAAGUGAAUAUACAAGAGACAACAGGUUUUAAUUCAAUUUACAUAUUUCAUCUUCUAUGUUGUCUUGUGCAUUCAAUCUCAUCAUGUGAUUAUUUAUUGGAUUUGUUAUCAUUAAUCGAUGAUUUUAUUAGAAAUUAUUCAAUGUUAGAAAAUGGUCAACAAUAUCAACAACAGUUAUUCUAUUAUCAGUUUUUAGAUUAUUUAUUAUGGUUACUAGUAUCAGCAACAAGAACAACAAAUAUAACAGAUAUAAUGGAAAAUUUUCAAAAACAAAUUCAAAAAAACUUUAUUGCUCUUUAUUUAUCAGUUUAUCGUUUAUUACUGGAUAUAAAUCAACAUGAAAGCUAUUUUAACUAUAUAACAUCGUCAAAUAAUAAAAAUAAUUAUCAAUUAACAUAUUGGAUAUUAUUGGAAAAUCUUUGUGAUUAUUAUAUAAAAUUAAGAGAAUCAGUUUUGGAUACAUCGUUGUUAUCAUUCACUGAACAGUUACAAUCGAUUGGUCGUGGACGUUAUCGUUCCACAAAUAAUACAUCAAUUAUGUCACCGUCUUCAUCUCAGUUAUAUCAGAAGCAACAUGAACAAGACCAACAGGCAGUUUUGGAAUUAGAACAUUUAGUGUUUUUAAUUAAAAUGCUCAUUAAAUUUAAUUCUGUUAAACAGUCACAGUCGACAUAUAAUCAAUUAUUUUCAAUGAAAAAGAAAUUAAUUGAUCGUUUACGGCUAUGUCGACGCAAUACAAUGGAUUUAAAACGAAAAACAGAAUUAAAAACGAUUACAGAUCAUUUAAAAUUAAUUUCAUGUGGUAAUCUGCUCGAUAAACAAUAUUCAAAAGAAUCACAAACAGCUGAUAGAAAUAAAUCAUUCCAUGAAGUCGAAAAAUCAAAUAGGGAAACUAAACAGUUCUCAUCAGAAAAAAAAUCUAGUCGCCAUCAUCAGGAUCAGCAAGAGUCAAAAACUGUAAUAGAAAGUGAGAAACCAGUUGAAACUCUUCAAGAACAAAUGUCGUAUGGUUUUAAACCAUUUAUGAAUCGUGCUGGACAAAUGAUAAUUAAUCCUAUGGGUCGUUCAAAAGAUUUUUUUUCGAGACAUCAAAAUCCUGAAAUUGUUUCACCGAUGAAAAUGUCAAGCGUCUCUUCUCCGACAGACGCAACACGAGUAUUACCACCAAUUCUUCCUACAACAACAACUGAACAUGUACCAUUUUUUCGUCCAACAUUUGCACGCGAAGAGAUCAUACCACGAAGUUGUCAGUCGAUCUUAACAAAUACUUUGAACCAAUCUCCGGAACUACAAGAGCAAUCGUCAACAAGUCUUUCGAUAGACAAUCUAUCGACAAAGUUUAAACCGGAUAAAAACGGUGCUAUUCAUGGUUGUGGACGUGGUAAACGAUUGUUAUCGAAUAUAACCUCAACAUCUUCAACACCCGACUCAUUUCCUCAUCAAUUACCAUCAUCCUCAGCAGCACAGGAAGAUUAUGUUGAGAAUAAUUAUUCACAAACAACAGUGAAACAAGAACCGGUUGAAGCAACAAAUAAUGGUGUAAAAGAGAUUGCAGAAAAUGCUUUUAAUGAAAAUGGUGAUAAAUCAGAACAGCAACAAGAAACCGAAAAGGACAUCGAUACUGGUGAAAAUUUUGAAGAUGCAAACGGUUGGCGCCCAUUACCACUGGGUGAUGAAACGGCUAAUACCGACCUCGAUCAAAUGGUGUUUCUACCUGGUCCCAAAUGGUUAUCACUGUUCAAAAAAGGGUCGAUGUAUGAACAAGAAGAACGACGGCAAAAUGAAUUCCGAGCGGAACAUCGAAAUCGUGGACGAUAUCGUCGAAAUCAAGAUGGUGAUAGAGGUGGUCGAGGCUUUGGGCGUGGUGGACGUGGUGUACGUGGCGGUUAUAGGGGAAAUUAUCAUCAUCGUCAUCCUCAAAAUGGCACGAAUGAAACAGAUACGCCUGAUGUUAUUCGGCCAAAUAUGAGUUUAUUUGAACCAUUUGUCGGUGAACGCGGUCCGCCGACAGUUGAACAACAAGAACAGCGCCAAAUUGAACGUAAAACAGCCAUAAAAUGGCAACAAUCAUCAAAAUAUAUUUAUUUAACAAUUGGCUAUUACAAUGUGGACGCAAGUCAAACACAAAUUGAAUUUAAAACAAAUGAAGUUUAUUGUAAAACAAAAAUUAAAUAUGAUCGAUUUGUACGCAUACAUUUAGCACAAUCGAUCGUUGCCGAAGAGUCGAAUUAUCAAAUUCGUCGAAAUAAUAUUUUUUGUACAUUGAAAAAAGCUGAAGAACGUCUUCAUUGGGAUCAAUUGUAUAAUCGAUCUCUAGAACCAAAUAAGUUGUUUUUUAAUGUAGAACAUUAUGAUACAGACCACGAAGAAUCGGAUAACGAAGCACAAAAACAAAAAAGUGAACUUGUUUAUGGUAAAUGGUCCGAAAUGAGAGAGGAUAUAAGAAAAAAAGUAGAGAAUGACAAAGGUGUAGUCAAAGAAGAUGCCGUUGAAGAUGACGAUGUAUUAUAUGGUGUAGACGAAGAUGAUGGAAAACCAUUAUCAAACGGAGUUGUUCCAAAUAUAAAUAGUGAUAAAAAUGAUGAAGAAUUAACUGAUACGUCAAGUGACUGUUAUACAACUGAUUCGGACGAUUGUUAUUAUGAAGAUACAGUACCUGCAAAUCAUAUACCACGUGGUUACGAUGAUGCCGAUUUUGAUCAUCGAUUUUAUAAAACCAUAAAAUCAAAUACAGUUACUGCUGAUCAAAAUGAUAAAUAA